GGCAAGUCACCUGUGAUUAACCUCUGCGAUUUCAAAGCGAUUUUCUACCUUUUCAAUGGAUUUCUACCCACGGACAAUUUACCAGAGUGGAUCCUGGUUUGGGCCUGAACAUCCGGCUCUUUCUCAGAGAAUCCUGCCCUGUGUCAACACUGGUGAAGCCCUCAUAUACUCUGCACCGCCCUCGACUGCCACAUCUGUGCCCACCUACCCAUAUGUGUCAGGGUUGGGCUUUCCAGCUGCUCUACAGCGGAAGGAAUGUGGGGAUUGGUGCACUGUGGCCCAGGGUGUGCGCAGUGUUACGGCCAAUGUCCUGCUCACUUCAGUGCCUCAAAAGGAAGUGGAGACCAUCACGUUUGUGGGCAACUUUCCCCUCCAGCCCACCAGUGUCGAGAGCAGCCAUCUUUUUCCCACCAGACUUGCUGCGGCGGCUCCAGUGAGGAAGGAGAGCUUGACAUUUGUGGGGAACUUCACCCACUCUCCAGACGUCACCCAGGACCAAUUUAUCGCCCUGCUGAAUUCAGCUGAGGCCCCCGUCUCAGGGAAUGCAGCCAGCCAUGGUGCUACAUCCACCCAGAAGACACUGCUCAAUCCCACUAUGCCCCUUAGCAGCAAUAGUGGGAUUAUGAAACACAACCACCCAUCCACAACUAUACUGAGAGACCAGAUGCCUUGCUCUGGUUACGUAGCUCAUGGACUACCUACUAACACCAAGAGCUCUGCAGUCCACUACACCACCAGGGAGGUGUACGUGAAGAUGCUGGAGUACCACCGGCACAUGGCCUCCUACUACAAGCAGCUCAAGCUGAAGGCUGAGCACUCCUCACAGUUGGAGGGCUCCGUUUGCCCUCAGCUCCAGAGGAAGAGAGGAGGUGUGUCUGGUGGGAGCUGGGAGGAGCCUCCGCAGAAGAGAUGUUGGGACGAUGGAACAGGGGGCAUUAUUCUUCCUGACGAUGCCAUCGAGAAACUUGAUGCCAUUCCAGGCGUCUGGGAUCUGGCCAUGGAAAUGGGCUUUCUGACAGUCUGCAAAGCAGAUGAUUGAAAGGACUUUCAGAUAAUCAUAGUGCUAUUGUUUCAUAAUUAUUUUUUUGUAUCAUA